AUGCCCUGCACCAAUCGACGUCAUACGCGGACAUCAUACGCGAUCCAGUCCAGAUCGACCGGGAUUUCCGCCGCCACAUUAUGGCGUAGGGCCAACGAGAAGCCUUCCAUCUCGGACAAGGCCGCUAAUCAGCAGUAUCUCACCCCACAGGAGGAGCAGGCGCUGACGGAAUAUGUCUUGCGAAUGGCGGACAAUGGCUAUCCACUCCCAGUAAGGUUUCUCCGUUCGCUUGCCCAGACCAUCGUGCGCCAACGAUCCUCGAUCUUCCAGAUCGCAGACCCAGAUCUCGAGGUCCGACCGCCGGGAAAGGAUUGGCCACAAAGCUUUUAUCAACGACAUCCAGAGCUGAAGUCACGACGGCUAAAGGCGAUCGAUUGGAAGCGAGAUGGCCGACAGAUCAAGGCGAAAGUCCAGGAGUGGUUUGCUGUCAUUGGCCGAGAGCUGGCCGAUCCCGCCAUUCUCCCGGCGAACGUGUAUAAUAUGGACGAGACGGGAGUCCUCCUCAGCGUUCUCAAUUCUCUAAAAGUCCUCGUCAACAAGGACGACCUGAGAAAGCAUCGAGGGACCACGGUGAAGCGCACGCUAGUCACCGCCAUCGAAUGCAUUUCUGCCGACGGUUGGUCCCUCUGUCCUCUCAUUAUCUGGCCAGCGACCACCCUUCGAAGUUCAUGGACCACCCACGCCACGCCUGGAUGGCACUUUGCGUGCUCUAAGACGGGCUAUACGAAUACAGACAUCAGUCUGUACUGGGUGCGACAUGUGUUUGAUCCGCAGACCCGAGAUCGAGCGGCCGGUCAGCCGCGACUGCUGAUCUGCGAUGGAUUUGGCACGCAUGAGUCUCUGGAGCUCAUGGAAUUUUGCUUUGCCAAUCGUAUUAUCCUCUGCCGUCUGCCCUCCCACACAUCUCACAAACUGCAGCCAUGUGAUGUGGGCGUCUUUGGUCCUCUGAAAACCGCAUACCGCGCACAGGUGGAGCAGGCAUGUCGAGCGGGAGUAAACACGAUCGGCAAGCAACACUUCACCUAUCUUUACGAUCGCGCUCGUCAAGCAGCAUUUACUUCUCGCAAUAUCCGAUCCGGCUGGUCGAGAAGUGGCCUAUUUCCGUUCGACCCAUCCCAUGUGCUCCAGGAGUUUCAGACCUCACAGCCCACGAUACAGACCAAGAUCCACGCAGACCACCCCGCCGUCUCCGAUGCGUCGAUUUACAGCCCCGUCACCUCCGAUGGCUUUGCCUGGCUUCGCAACGAGGUGGAGCAAGACGCCCAGGGCUUGGACAGAAUGUGCAAACAACGCCUGCAGCGACUGACCCGCGCCGCCGAAAAGGCCUUUGCGGAGCGCGCCCUGUUGCUGGACGAGAACCGGAUCCUGUUCGAGCAGAAUAAUGAAAAGACCUGUCGACAAUCCAGCAGCUCAACGAUCGUAGGAAAUGCGAAAGUGAUGAGCUAUGACGAUAUCAUUGAAGCGCAGAGGAAGCGCGACCUGAAGGCGGUGAAACCAAGCUCCACACGUCAAGAGAGCUCGAAAACUGCAGACAGAUUGCUGUCCAAGUUGGAGGAAAAACGCAAGGCCGAACGCGAGAUUCAUGGAUGGAAUAUGAGUGAUUAUUGUUCCGUUCUGGACCUCUAA